UUCAUGUGAUGUAAUACGCAUGAUCAGGAAAAGACUUUUCUUUAGUUUGAAAUGUUUUAGAAAUGGGACAUUAAAAGAACAAGUGAUAGUGUCCUAGCUCCUUGAAGAGGUAAAAACAAGAAAUUAUUGUUUUUAUUGCCUUAGUUAUACUUGUCAAAGUGUUUAUCAGUUGAAAUCUGUUUUCUAUAACAUCGUACCUGCAUUGGAGUUUGUUCUGUCCUUUUAGCUGACAAAGAAGAAGCGGCAAAGCAGGCAACUCUGCUGAAGGUAGCUUAUCCAGAUAAGCAUGAGAAGAAGCAGGAAAAGAAAGACGAUUCUGAUAAGGAAUCAGAACCCAAAAAGAGGAAACUGGCCAACCCUGACGUGUAACAGAACCUACAAAGAAAGAACCUAAGACUACAAAGGCGGCUGAAAAGAAGGCCCAGAUUGGAGCCCAGGAGAAGAUGGAGGAGCUCCUGGUGGUGCAGUACGGCCAUGGAGACAGUGAUGAGGUGGAGGAGCUGAAGCGCAGCCUUGAGGAGAAAGAUAAUAUCAUCAAGGAGAAGGAAGAAAUCAUAAAGGAGAAGGAGCAGUUAAUAAAGGACAAGGAUGAGGAACUCUUUGCCAUGCAAGCCAACCUUGCCAGACUUCAGCCAAAGACAAUUCAGGCAUGCCCAUGCAAUGGUGCUCUGGCAUCCUCUCUGAGGUCAGAAGGUGUACAAAAUUUAUUAGUCAACUGGCAGGAUUAUGUCCAGUCAUUCAAGCCACAGAAACACUGCCGCAGCCAAGCAAAUCAAUAUUAAUUCCUCGACCUUCUGCUUUCUCCCCUCCCCCGAAAUCCAGGCUUAUGUCUCCACCAGCCCCGCCGCCGCCUUCCCCAUCACUGUCACCUAUGUCACCCCAGGCAAUCACUCAGUCAUCGCCAUCAUGUGAAGCUGACCUUGUUGACCUUGGCGGAGGGGUAAUGGUCAAGAAAAUGGUCCUAGACGCCUGCCUUUCUUCCGCCAAGGGAUCGACCUCCAAGCUGGUCAGAAAUUUGCUCCAUGCAUUUUUUUCUGACCAGGAGCUUGGGGGAUCUUCGGCAGAAGGGAAGGGGACGAAGGCUGCUUUGCCAACAAUGACAGUGGCAGCAAUAAAGGCGUUUGUGUUAUCAAAGAGCCCGAAGACAACCGAGAGAGAGUUGGUACAAAUCAUCAACUGCCAGUGUGCGGACUCACGUAAAAAGAACAAGAACCGUGUGAUCGCUACUGACCUCUGACUGUUACUAGGACCAGUGAUACAGGUCCCUAGUUACAGAUGAAGACCAAGCAGACACUCCCAGAUUCAUCAUCCUCCUAAGUAAUAACAAAAUGUCAGGAGACUCUGGAGAUCGGUACAUAUAUCUAUCACAAUAUUAAUGUUAUAUAUUAUCAUAUUUCUGUAUAUAUGGUUAGGUUUUGUCUCUAUUGUUACUUUUGUCAGUAGUUUAGUCAAUGUCAUGCUCCAGCUGUUAAGACUGGUGCCUAGGUAAUGUUUGCUUUUUGCUUUGACAUUUUUGUACAUAUGCUUAAUUUCUUGUUACUAUUGUCAUGCGACUCGCGUGUGUGUUAUGCAACAUGGCCAACAUACUUGUGUCAUUUUGAAGAAAUACGCAUUCAGCUGAAUAUAGAUGGUUUGCCCCAGCCACUCAUUCAGGCCUAUACUUGGAAUGAUUUCAUCUGUCGUCGCUGUAGCUCUGGGGGAUCGCUCACCCUGCCCUAGGUGAGAUACUGUGAAUUGUUGCCAUGGUGCCUGCAUGGAGCAUCAGGAGUUAAGCAUGACUGUCUCCGUGGUGUAGUGGUUAGAGCGUCCACCGGGAGAGCAGAAGGAUGCGGGUUUGAUCCCCGACUAUGUCAUACCAAAACAUGUUAAGAUAUGGUACUUGUUGGUCCCUGCCUGGCGUUCGGCGUUGAUGGGUACAUCAGGCCUAUACUUGGAAUGAUUUCAUCUGUCGUCGCUGUAGCUCUGGGGGAUCGCUCACCCUGCCCUAGGUGCAGUUUACGCCUCAAGUGGGAUGUAGUAGGCUUCAUCAAGCACGGGUGCCAUCGCCUACCGCCGUCCCAGUACAUACAAUGAUGAAUCCCACCCCCAGUCACGUCUUCCUGCAAACUGGGAAAGAAAACGCUGAGAACUUUAUGGAAGUUUUCAAUGACUUCUCAUCAGUGCAUUCCUUUCUGAAACGGGAUGAAUACGUGUCGGUCAGGAGCAGCAAGGUCAGCCGUGAGGAGCAAUCUGAAUCAAACAUCCCAUACGAAAGGUUUCUCUGUGUGCAGACGACAGUAGGAGUGUAAGAGCAAUCCACUCUUUCCUAAGGAAACACCUCAGCUUAUCAGGACAAUUGGCCAGCAACCUACGGAAGUGCUGUGGCUUUCAACUCAUGUACGAAGCUGGGUGGGAGUAUUGGAUCAGCUUGGUGCCGCCGGACGGUGGCCACAUGCCGUACGAUGCAACAACGUUGAAGAAACUCACUUACAAUUUCGUGCUACAACUUAGGACCCAGCUGUCACAAAAUCUCCGAGAUCUGCUUGAAGAUGGAUUGGCCAUAAAUACUAUCAGCAAGAACAAUCUAUCGGCGAUCAAAUCCGUCACUGUCCUUCCAGACGACCAAACAGCCAUUCUCAAUGCUCUGCAGGAGUCCAUUAAUGCAGUGGAUAGUCCCCCAGGUUUGAGAAAGAUUGUCUUCAGCUUCCGUUUUGGCGAAAAAGCACAGAAAGGAAUCGACAUUCCCACUUGAUCCAGCCGGGCCCUGGAUGCCAUCACUGCCCAUGUCGGGGUUAAUAUACGCCCCCCCUCCAUGCACAGACAUCAUGUGGUCGCGGUGUGGCAUUGCCAGCCUAGUUGGAAAUAGGGGUACGCUGAGCAGCUGUAUGUCGUUUUAUGAAAGUGGAAACUUUCAAUCGAAUCUCGAUGGUAGGUCAAUGGAUGUGACAACAGAACUGUUGAAAAUAAGCAAAAGACCAAAUGACGUCCAGUUUGUUCAACUAUAUGCGGACAUUCCACAUCAGCGACCCAAAACAAGGUAUCACCCCCGUGUCUGGUUGCAUGGCUGCCAACAAAGCAGUGAACCAUGUCACUAGAGCAUCAUUCCAACGAGAUUCGAUGGAAUACCUCAGUGUGGUUGGAAACAACUUCUCCAUCAUGAGGAACUUCCAGUGUCGUGUUGAGUUUGUCACCCGUACUCUAACCAGCAUCAAUGUACUGAAGCCACUCGAUCUGAUGGAUAUAGAGCACCUUCAGGAUCUCAUCAGCAGCCAUGCUUUAAUGACACCAUUUCAUCGCGGAAGUUUGUUUUCGGACACCGUUGCAUCGGUUGUGGCUAACAUUGGACUGUGCCUCGUCCACAAGCUUCAUGCAACUUUGGAUGUUUAUAAAGGUACCGGGAACUGUGCUGCGGUGUGGUCUGCCUACCAGCUAGAGCUGGCCCUGGAGAAGUUGUUGUGGGGCAAUCCAAUUUCCUGGCAAUCUCAUCAGUGUGCUGUGAACCUUGGAGUUGGCCUUGGUAAUCCGUCGCAAUGCAAGACAGACUCUCUAGGAUUCCUAGCUCUGGAACCCUGGGAAAAGUCAACCCAGUCUACUGACGUGCCACCACCACUAACAGUGUGGUCUUCCAGUGACCUGACACAAAAUCAAAUGAGAAGAGUUUUUGGUUUCCAUGACCUGGUGGGUGAGCCUUCUCACAUUGUUGGUCGACGGGCAUUGAUUAUACUGAUUGAAGACUUCUACCAGAUGGGUGUGAGGUUUGGCAUGUCAGAAAGUGACUUCCUGCUCUUUCUGAAGGGACAGGGCCGAACACCCCCUACAUCAGGAACCACUACAAUGAACCAGUUGACACACCAGCUGUCCCAAGCGGAGGGCGUGAAAUUUCCAAUGGUUUGGGGUGCCAUCAUUCACAUGUUAAGGAGCCAGGAUUUAGGUCAAAUCAUUCAAGCUGGCAUUAAAGAGCUCGACCUACACUAUUUCCCAGCUUUUCGUCUCUAUGACAGUCAGAGACAUCCACACUUUAUGUGGCACACAAGCUUUCAGUACCUGGCCAUAUCUGAAAGCUGUACAGAAGGACAGCAUAGGGCAAGUGUUCUUACACAAGUUGUGCUCAGUGAAAUGGAAGCCCGGAAACUCGCACACGUCAGUCAUCUUCGACGAGAAUUCACUCGACCCUUUCCAUGGAUCCUGCCAUGUGCAAACAAAUUGAAACCAAAGGCCUUGCCUGAAAGGACACUCGUCACCGUAUUGACAUUUGUGAGCUGCGUAGCUCUGUUCCAGAAUGAACGAUUUGUGUCGUACUAUGCUCUCAGAAAGCUGCACGACGAAUUGCCUAUUCGUCAACAUGAACUCAGAAGACUGGAAAUACUGGGCAAACUUCCCGUAUCCAGAUUCAAUUUGUUUCAAAUGCAUCGGGUACACCAGUGAUCAACCCAGAACGCUUUGUAAUUGGACUAUGGGUUGGGUCUUCCAAACCCUCCCACGCUAAUGUUUACCUUCAGUUUUUGUCGAUGAGAUGAAAGCUAUCAAUGAAAAUGGUGUAUCAUUUGACAAUAAAACAUACAAAGUCUC